AAAGCAUUUUUAAAGUUUUUCACCUGCUUUUGAGUUUUAAUUAGCUUGCAAAUUAAACAAAUCAAGUACAAAACCAUGCGAAUUUUUCCAACCAAAUCGAAACCAUCUCAAUUAUAACUAAACCCAACAAGCUGUGCCUAGCUCCAACAGCUCAGCUCAGCUAAGCUAGUUGCUAGCAGUGGCCGGUGCGUGAUCGGCCAUGGCGGCGGCGGCAGCAACGGCGUUGGCCGCCGUGAUACUGCUGCUGGUGCUGGCGACGACGGCGGAGGCGGCGUGCUCGGUGAGCGCGAUCUACAGCUUCGGCGACUCCAUCGCCGACACCGGCAACCUCCUCCGGGAGGGCCCCGCCGUCGGCGCCUUCGCCUCCAUCGGCACCUACCCCUACGGCCAGACCCUCCGCCGCCCCACCGGCCGCUGCUCCGACGGCCUCCUCAUCAUCGACUACUUCGCCAUGGCGCUGAACCUGUCGCUGGUGAGCCCGUACCUGGAGAAGGGGGCGAGGUUCGAGAGCGGGGUGAACUUCGCGGUGGCCGGGGCGACGGCGCUGGACCGGAGCUACCUGCUGCAGAGCGGCGUGGUGAUGCCGCCGGCGAGCGUGCCGCUCAGCUCGCAGCUCGACUGGUUCAGGUCACACCUCAACUCAACCUGUUCUUCACACCAAGACUGCGCGAAAAAGCUGUCCGGAGCUCUGUUCUUGGUUGGGGAGAUAGGAGGGAACGACUACAACUACGCCUUCUUCCAGGGGAGAUCCAUCGAAUCCAUGAAGACCUACGUGCCACAAGUUGUGAGAAGCAUAAUGGACGUUGCAAAGGAGGUGAUCGAGCUAGGAGCGACCAAGAUCGUCAUCCCGGGCAACUUCCCGAUCGGGUGCUCGCCGAGUUACCUCUCCCUCUUCUCCACGGCGAUCUCCGGCGACUACGACGACCGGGGCUGCCUCAAGAGUUACAACUCCUUCGCCAUGUACCACAAUGAUCAGCUCCGGGCCGCCAUAGAUGACCUCCGGAAGGUCAACUCGGAUGUCGCCAUCGUCUACGCAGACUACUAUGGCGCCUUCAUGCAUCUCCUCCAAAAGGCUGACCUCUUAGGGUUCGAGGAGGACUCAUUGUUCAAGGCAUGUUGCGGCGCAGGCGGAAAGUACAACUUUGACAUGAACCUAAUGUGUGGCGCAGUGGGAACGAACGUUUGUGCAGACCCAGCGCAGCACAUUAGCUGGGAUGGCAUCCACCUCACUCAACAGGCGUACAAGGCUAUGGCUUUGUCCCUUAUUAUGGAAGGGUUUGCUCAACCAGCUGACAUUGUGCAAAAAAUCUGGAGUUGCUAGGAGCUUGAGCAUGUAUAUUGUUGAAUGUUAUAAGCAUUGAAUUCGUAUGAGCCAACAGUUAUACAACGGUAACUA